AGUGUCGCUCACUCGACGUUGAUGCGCGCAGAGGAAGAGCCGCACGCACCGCUGCAGUUCAGUGAAACCUCCGUGUUUCUGCGGCACCACCGAGAAGACUCACCGCUGCUCUCCUGCGUGGAUUACUGACCUGACACCGCCAAACUCCACUCAGAUAAGUAGGAAAUAAAUCAGCCUGUCCGUGUAAACCGAUUUCAGAUCAGCGCCUAGAAACGACAAACACAAAGUCCAGCUCAAAGAUUUGCCUCAGCUCUUUAAGACUUUCGGGCGGUCAAAAAAUAACCCGGAGAUUUUUUAUUUCUUUCUUUUUGGCGUUUAGAAGGUCUGAUUUUUAAGAGCAGUGUUUUUACACGUGUGAAGUAAACUCCUCGGUAAUCUCAGAUGAGAAAACCCAGAGGCAAACAUUUUAGGAACUGAUCUGAUUCUGAAACUCUUAAGAUGUAGUUUUUUUAGGGGAGCUGAGGGGAGGAUUUGGACCCGAAGAAUGAACUUAGUAAACCACCUGUGCUUACUUUCUGCGCUGUAAAGACACAGCGAACCAUGGGUUGAGAGCGACGAUGAUAGACUGCGGGGAUACUCAACGUGGGAGGGAGCAGAAUUUUCUCUGUUAUGUAAUGAUUGACAGCAACUGAUAAUUAGUGGUCGAUCUUUAAUAGCAGGACCCCCAUCAUCCCUUUACCCCCUUUCCCUUUCAUUAGAUGAAGCAAAAUAUGGCUUAAACAUAGAUUCGCCUCAGAUAUGCGAAUAUAGAUUAUAUUUUCCUAUAGAUUUUGUAAAUUUCUUCAACCAGAGAGCAGGUAUUUACCAAAUUUAGUGCACAAAUACAUUUGAGACAUUGGACUUUCUGAUUGAUUUUCAUCAUGAUGCCCCAAACUCUUGACCGGCACCGUGCCAAUUUGGCCAGGUCUUUGAAAAUGUCUCAAACUUCAGGAGUCAGCAGUGUUUUCAGCCUCUUUUUUGCUCUGAACUCUUUUCUCUGCGUUGAAACCCUCUCCAAGGCCACUAAGAUGGUAUAAUGCUCGUUUUGACCCUCAGAUUUGGGGACAUGUAGUCAUCCUGACCCUCCGAAAUCAUUCAUCUCAGUGACUUCCUGUUUCUGAUCAUCCAACACAAGAAGUAAACCUUCAUUAGACGUUGGUCCCUCCCUCCCCCCCACUCAUCAGGGCUGGUGGGGGGGGUGGAUCUCGGCCCCACAGGGGCUAAAACCGUGGUGGUCAUAACCCCAGAGGUAGGGUUUCCACCAUGGAGACCAGCCCGGAGAGCCCGAACCGGGCAGUGGAGUACCUCCUGGAACUCAAUAACAUCAUUGAGAGCCAGGCCAAGCUCCUGGAGACCCAGCGCCGCCGCAUUGAGGAGCUGGAGGGCCAGCUGGACCGGGUCAGCCAGGAGAACCAGGACCUGAGGCAGGAGCGCAGCCCACGUGGGACUGGUUCUGACACCCCUGAACAGAACCACAACCACAACCAGCCUCUGUCCCUCCCUAUCCAUCAUGGCGGUGGCAGUGGCGGGAACAGUGGAACAUCUGCGACCCAGGCUACAGCGGGAACUGCCACGACUCCAGGGCCCAGCAGGGAGAGGAGGGGCCACACCAGGUUGACCCGAGGUCUUUCCUGUGGCUCCAACACCACCGAGCGAGACCGGCUAGAACGCACCGACAGCGUGGACACCAACGCCAGCUCCACCAUACGCAGAAAGUAAGUACCCCUCCUACACAGAAAGUCCUCUAUUGGUCUGAUCAUCCUCCGGUGAAUGAUGGACGCAGCUUCAUGUCAGAUCACAGGAACGUCAGAGUUGUUGUUCAGGUUACUCUAAAUGACACUGAUGAUGACUGCAGUCUGUAUAACCUCCAUUAUAACCCAUCAUGUACAUUUCUAAGCCUGUAUAAUGACAGGCCGUAUGGAGCCUCUCCAGUUUUAAGACAUAAUCCUCACAGUAAUGGGACUAAACCUAAGACGGGAAUCUUUAAUUCACCACUGUGAGGAAAUAUGCAGAGUGCAGGAGGAUUAUUGGCAGAGUGGAAGUGCUCUAGGUGUCCAUUUUAUCCUAGUGUGUGUGAUUGAGCCUGCACAGGGUCUGAUUUCAGACAUGCUCCAAAACUGUUUUUCUUCUUAAAAUGGACGCUUAUAACUACACUUGAGUAGUUGAUGACACCAAUUAUUUCAUCGAUACCACUGUGCUUCAGGUGUGAGGUGUGUUUACACUCGAUUAUUUGACCACUGCGACUUUGACUUGAAUCAAGAAUCUGAGCAUUCGUACCACGGGUUUGUAAAGGAUGUACAGUUGAUGAAGUAGACUGUUUAUUUGAAUGGAAGGUUCAGACUAGACUGUUCGCCAUUGGAGUUGACAGCAUGAUAACUUUCCGGGGAUGGCUGGUUUCUGUGGUAAUGUGAUUGGUGUAAGUGUCAGUUCAGUGUAUUUGUUGAUAAGCAUCCAGCAUCAAGGGCAGAACUUGGCCGAUAUUGGCCAAGUACCAGAAAUAAUAUUGGUAUCUGGGUUUAUUAAUAUUUGAAGGAGUUGUAAUUGGAAACCUCCUAGUAUUCGGAACCUAAAAUCUGUUUAAUGGGGGCUGUAACAAUACUGGUAUUGGUGGUAUUGGUAUUGAAGGCCAAUAACUACAUUGAUAUCUGUGUCAGCGGCUAUACAGAUCCAGAUAUUGGAGGUCUAUAACUGUAUAAAUAUUUGUGUUACUGAUAUUGGUAUUGGUACUGAUAUUCGCUUUCUCAUUGUAGGCCUGUAACUGGACUGAUAGCUUGGGCCAAUAAAGAUCCAGAUAUCAGUAUCGGCAGCGUAUAACUGUGUAAAUAUUUGUACUGGGGGGCUUAUGCUAAUACUGAUACUGGUAUUGGUAUUAGUGGUGAGAACCAAUAACUGAAAUGAUAGCUGUAUUGGGAGCCUAUGUGGCAGGGGCCUAUAAUGGUCACACUAUCUGUAUUCAGGUCCUAUGUUGAUCCAGGUAUCAGUAUAGAGGGCUGAACUGUAGGGCCUACUUAUACUGAUAGUAUCGUUAUUGGAACCUACACUGAUGCUAGUAUCAGUACUGAUAUUGGUACCAAUAUUGGUAUUGGAAGUGAAAGCCUAUAGCUGCAUUGGUAUCUGUAGUGGGAGCCUCAACAGAUGCAUAAACAGAACUGUAUUGAUGUCUGUACUCAGGUCUUACACUGAUCCCAGUAUCAGUACAAGGAGCUUGACUGUAUUGAUAUCUGUAUUAUAGGGCACACUGAUUGAUACUGGUAUUGGUAUUUGGGCUCAUACAUGUCAGUAUAGGUUGCUUGUACUGGUAUUGGUAUUCUAAUUCGGGGCCUACAACAGUACUAAUAUUUGUCACUAGGGGCCUAUAUUGGCACUGAUAUUAGAAUCAGAAAGGCCCUGGUAUUUCUGUUUGAUUAAAUGAUCUAUUACAUCAUGCGCCUGGGACCUACAUAGUAUUAUUCAGAGGAAAACUUGAGCCCAGCGGGAGAGCGAUGGGUCUUUUCACGAUGAUGUGAUCUUUCCGGGCCAGUGGAGCCCUUCAGCACAAAGAAAAAUCCACCUACUAUCUGCUAAAAAUUGUGUUUUUCUUUCGCUCUUUACUCUGAACUGUGGGCUGGCUUCUUUUUUGUCUUUUCUUCCCCCCCCACCUCCCCAAACUCAAGGCUGACCUGAAGUUAAAAGUGCUGCAAAAAAAUAAAAAAAAUAAAUAAAGAAGAAUCUCUGCUUUGGCGAACAGCAAGUGCAUCUGUCCUCGCUUUUUACUUCACCACGCACAGAUAGAGUCGGCUUUUGUCCCCGGAAGCAUUAGGCUUUGUGAGUAGGCAGCAAUUCAUGUAGAAAAGUACACAGUGCGAUAUAUUGUGACAGAAAACCAUUUGUCUCUCAGCUUAUGAUAAGAUUUUUCCACAUCGAAUCAUCUCGGUAAUAAUUACUGGAUUUUGCCCCAGAUCCAUUUUACAGUGAUUGAUUCAGACUUCACCAAAUCCCUCAUUGAUUUCACUCCUCUGUCGUCUCUCUCCGCUCAUCAUCGCUUGGGGUGGAGGGGGACUGAGUCAUUCCACAGAAGCACAUAUUGGUUAUUUAUGUAGGUGUUAAAUGCAGUGAUGGUUUGCAAAUGUAGAUCUUGCAUGUCCACCCUUGUUAAUUGCCUGUAGCGCUUGUAGCAUGACUCUGGAUCCGCGCGCAGACAAGCGUAUCAUACAAAGUGUCACAUUUAAUAAAGAGUCACCCGCACAGCAGAGAGCCAUAUUGUCCCCGUCUGGCUGUGACUCAGCCGAACCCAAAACUGGCCGACAAGCUCAGGUCAGAGACGGAGCACCCCCCCUCCUCUGAUACGGGAUCAGAUUGGAACAUGGAUUUUCUUCAUCGCCAAAGCCUGUGUUGUUCUAAAUAUGGCGUCAAAUCAGAGCAAGAGACAGAAGGAAGAUGUGGGUGAGGGACAGAGAUGACAAGGGGGAGGAAAGUGACUGGGCAACCUUACUCAGCGGGCCUCAGUCUAAAAGAGAAAAGGUGGAACACUCACACUGAUUUGCCAUCUGUCAGCAGAAUGUGAGAGAGAGGGAGGGAGAGGGGAGAGAGUCUGGGCCGGAGAAGGCAAGGCAUGUUUUUUUUUUUUUGGACCAAUUAGUUUUUGUUCCUCUUGCAGGACUCCUCAUCUCUACCUCACCAAACUAUUUCAAUCCCAGGAAAGGAAACUGAAUCAACUGUCCCCAUUUUUUUAUUUCCAGCCAUUCGUGCGGAGGAAACAAAGUCGCCCCUCUCCUCCUCCUCUUCUUCUUCUUCCUCCCGGGGGCUCACUGUAAACAGCUGUCCCAGAAUGCCACCUCCUUUUAUUCCUCUCCUGCUAAUAGCGGCGCAAACAAUACAGAGUCGGAGGGGCCUUUGGGUGAAAUGAUUUUGGAUGUCAAGUAGCCUUCUUCAGGAAGCAGCGGGGUUGAGGGCAUGGCCGCGUCUUGGCAGAUGUUUUCUUGUUGUUAUUUCUGUAGAGGUCAGGCAGGAACAUUUUGUUGGCAUGAGCAUCUGCAUGUGUGAGUGAGUGAGUGCAUCUUUAUGUAAUGUAUGUGCCGGUCCAAAAAGUGUGAAACGGGGAGGGACGUCCACACACAGAGUGCAUGAGAGAUUAAUUAGUGUGACCGGAGUAUAAUUACUGUUAGCCCUGGGGUGAUAAUUAAUGCUGUGUGUGCGUGCAUGUGUCUUUUCCUGCGAGUGUGUAUGCAUGCACAACAGGAUGUAUGACCUGGGAUGCACAUUAUUAGACGGUGAAUAUGAACCUGCAGCCUGCAAUCAUAGGAGGAUGUGACAGUUGUCCCUGCAUGGGUGAGAGAUCCCAUCCUUGAUUAUGAGCCACAUAUAAGCUCUAUUUUUCUCCCGCAGCUCAGGGGGAUGAGCGGCAGGAGCGGCUCCAGUUCCUGGCGAUGGCAGCAGUGCUGAUACUCAGAGCUGUGUUAUUAUGUAAUGCCCAAAAAAGAGGACCAGAGCUCUCUUCCCCCCUUCUUCACUUCACUUUCACUGUCACAGCAGGAGCGUUGAGGAGCUCCAAAGAGCCCUGCAAAGGUGCUCGUGUCCCCACUCGCCUCUCCAUCUCGCCGUCCUUGCGUGCAUGCGCUCCCGCUCUCCUCAAAAAUUGACAUUAAUUCCGUUGAGGACGCUAAUGGGUUUUUGUUUCAGAAAGAAGCUCAAUUUGCUAAUUUUGUGCAGCUCUACUACACAUUACCCCCCUCCCCCCUUCUCUCCCUCUCUUUUUCUAAUACUCUCUCUCUCACACAUACCCACGUACACACUCACUCUCUCCCCCUCGCUGUUUCUGUUUCCCACUGCUGCAGAUAUGACUCAGAGAAGCUGCAGAAAUUACUUUUGUGCUAUUCUCUUUCUCUUCCCCUCAACACUCACUCGCUCUUUUUCCCGCUAUUAACUGAAGCACAGUUUUUGUUCCCCAUCAGCGUGAUUGAAUCUGCUAAGAAAGAGCUCAUAAUAUGCGCUGAUUUGAGCAGGCAUCCUAUAGCUGUGAAGAUAGCGCAGAUACAACUUGGAGGAAUGAACCGGCCCUCAGGCGAAUGUGUGGGUUAGCUCAGCUGAGCUGAGCUGACCUGCUGCAAACAGUCUGUGUGAUGUGAUGGGAGGUAAUCUAUUCUCUCUCUCUCUCUCUCUGUGGUGAGUUUCAAGACGAAACACAGAGACGCAGCAGCAGCUCCUCAAGAACUCAAAAAGCUUUUUCUUUCAUUUCAGAAAACAUCACCGAUAAAACCUUGUUUAAUUUCACCCUGAAUUAAAAUACCACAGCGGGGGUUAACGACUGCUAUGAUGCAGUUGAGCUUGACGUAAAUUUAAAUGAUGAUAUGUGUGUGUUUGUGUGUGUGUGUUUGUGCGUGUGUGUGCGGUGUGUGUGGGAGGCAAGUAUACGUGGGUGGUGUUUUUUGCCUUCUCCUCACCAUUUCUGAGAGCAGUGAGUGUUCAUGAUUCUUACAAUGUGCAUAUGUGUGUGUGUGUGUGUGUGUGUGUGUGUGGGGCACACUCUUUUUAUUUAUAUUUAGUUACAUGUUACUCAAUUCACAAGUGACGUUUUAUGAAGCAGCAGUGAACCAAUGAGGUGUGAGAGCCAGAAUAAACCAACCAAUGACUUCAAAUCUCUCUGCAUAUUCAGCAAAAUGAGAUUUUUGUAACUAUGUGUGUAUUUUACUUAAAGGUGAAAAGCUUUAAAGUUGUAUUUCACGUAUUUUUGGAAGCAGACACAUUCAGUGUUCAUCACUUAUUGUUACACCUUCCUGACACAUAACCUUGCCUCAAGCCUUCACACUCCUCUCCUUCCUGUCUACCACUAUUUUUCAUCAUUUCAUUGCAUCACAGCGUCUUCCGUUGCAUGUGACGUCUGUGAAAAAAGUGAAAAUCUGUCAUUUGAAGUUUUUUCACAGGAUGUUUAUUGUCCUUAGAGCGAGAUUGAAGUGAAAGACAUAGUUGCUGUGGAAACUGUAAAGCCUAUCUGUCCUCAAGGCAGUCGCAGUAAUGCAAGUCUUUCCCUCUGUCACUGAGGGGGGGUUGGGAGACAGAUGUGGCUCUGGCGGCUCGAUUAUGGCAGAAAUCAUGACCGUGAUUAUUUUGAUUAAUAUCGGAAGUCAUGAUGAAUCAAAACGAUUACUCAUAAUCUGCAUGACAUUUACUGAAUGGCUGCACUUUUUUCAAACUUAAACAGACUCUCAGGAGAAGGAAAAGGAGAUAAAUAUGAGUCAUGUGAUUGGCUGUAAGGCUGUUUGCCUGUUUAUGGAAGUCUGCCUGUCUGUCUAACAGUAUUAACGCGAUUAAAAAAAAUUAAAGCUCCAGUGUGGAGUUUUCUCACAUUUAUAAGAUACGCUGAAAAUCAUGUUAGCGCUUUUAAUGAUGCACAAAAUCCAAAUUUUUAAUGCCUAAAACCAGUAUUUGUAAUCGUUAUGCCGGGGAUUAUUGUGAUAGCUUUAAUUUAGUUUUAAUGUUUAUUAGGGGUGGGAGAAAAAAUUGGUUCACAUGAGUAUCACGAAUUUUUGUUUUACAUUUUUAAAUUAAUUUUUUUUUAUUCCAAAUUCAAGAGUAAAUCUUAAAAACUGACUUCCAUGUGAUGUGUAUUUUGGGGGAAAUAUGGUUCCUGGGAUAGUCAGUAGACAAUCGUAAUCAUUCAACUGUUUCACUGGUGUUAAAAAUGCAGACUAAAAGUCCUUACACACCGGGAACGACGCAAAUAUCCGACGUGAAAUUACAAAAUAUUGGGAGGCGGAUUUUGAUGCGCCUGACUAUACAUAUCAGGCGCAGUGCGAUUUUCGUCCCAGGUGGGAGCGAGAAGACUGACACAACAGCAGACUGAGUGUUUUUCAGUUCUGAUUAGACACUAGUGUUGAGAUGUCUGUCUGUCAUGAUAGCAUGUACUGAGUCGGGGCCAGUACCAGAUAAGCACAUUAAACUAUAAUCCAUAAACGUAAGGUAACAACCGAGACCUAAUGGUGCUGUGACAGCCACGCGAUUGAGUUUGAGACAAUGAAAUUACAUAUGGUAUGUUGAACCUGAACAGGUUAGCUUACGAGCUAAAGUUACUUAGCACAGAUGAAAGUUAAAACAAAGACGUUUAGCAAACUGUUAAAGCACACAAACCAUCGUCAUAUGAGAAAUCCGACGCCAUGACUCUCCACAAGUUGUCCUUCAGGUCGUUAUCUUUGCCGGUCGGCCAAGUUGGAUAUACCGGUGAAUCCGACGUCGCAACAUCACAAAAUCUGACUGGUCAGAAGGUGUCACACAGUAUGGGAAACUUUAGAAAAAUCGAUUGUGAUACAAAUAGAUAAAUGCUGCAAUAUCGCAGGACAGGAAAAAAGUACUGAUGUGAACGCUUGUACCGACAGGAUACGGGUUCGGAAAAGAUAUUGACGUCCGAAAUAAUUUCACGAAAAAAACGCUUCUGGUGUGUGAGGACCUUUAAGAUCAAGAAAAUCAAAAAUUUUGUAGAAUUGCAAUUUAAAUCGAAUCGGCAUCCAAAAAAUCGUAGAAGAAUCAAAUCGGGAGAAAAGCGUAUCGUCCCAGCCCUGGAGUUUAUAUUUACUGAAGUGAAAACCAGACUUGGACUUACUGUCAAGUAUUUUGCUCGUACUAUUUAAAAGUAGAGGAUCUGAGCUCUUCCACCACUUGCAUUUUCUCACAGACCUCAACAUUCAGUCUUUUCGACCCUUGACCCCUACAACUUGAAGACUUGCUGUUAGAUUAUAUUUAAUUGUGGAUCAUCAGUCACCGUGUUAGCCUGGCAGUGUCAGCUGAUCACUCGUUAUUGCUCGUUAUCUCUGGUUAUCACCUGUUCUCACUCCUCAUCACUUGCUACCUCUCGUUAUCUCUAAUUGGCGUUCAUAUUCAUUUUUGCUCGUUAACACUUGUUAUCCCUACAGCCUCUCUCUCGUUAUGCUCCCCCUUCCUCUUGGCAUUUAAACACACCCACACACACACACACACACACAUGCAGUUACACAUCUGCCUCAUCCGUUUUUCAUGCUCCACUCCACUCCACCUGUGGCUGCAUGAUACUUGUAGUCCAAACUAUUAAAGACAAAUUCUGAUGGACAAAGUUUUUACAACUUUUUUGGGAUCACGAACUUUGUUACACGUGGAUAAGAGCAGUUUGGGAGGAGAGGCAGUGGGGAAAAAAAUGUAAAAUAGCACCCAGAUCACACAUAGCAAGGUGGCACAGUCAACGGCUGUGUCUGAAAUGGAUCCCUAUCCCCUAUAUAGCCGACUAUAUGGGGGUUAGCGCCAUUUUGAGGGAUGUAUGAAACCUGAGUAAUCAAUUCCAAUGCCCCAUAUAAGUGACUCAAAAUUUCCCAAAUGUAGUGACCAUCCUAUUGUCACUCACCGGUGGUGGGCAUCCCGUCAUGCAUUGCGUCUCCAGCGGCAACGUCACAACAGUAGUGUCUGAAACCUUCGGUGAUUGAGCUCACUACAUAGUCAGCUUGAUUGAGAGAUUCAUUUCGGACACAGCCAAAGUUUGUCUUUAUUGUCUUAUUGUCAUGACCAUAGGUAGGGUGACCAUGCGUCCUCUUUUUGGGGGCUGUCCAGUUUGUCCAGGGAAGUUUAUAAAAUCCUUCAAAUGUCUGCUGUUUUGUACGCAAGUUUCCAGUUUGUGUCAUGUGGACUUACUGAGUUAGAAGCGUGUAAAAGACACUCAAUCUGACUCAAAAAACUCUCAAAAUUAACUUCAUGCGACUCUGUGACUCCGCCUCCGCGUAGUCGUAGCCUCUUUUUGGGAAGUCAGAAUAUGGUCACCCUACUAGAGGAAGCCAAAAACUGUAGUUAGUUAGCUAGUUAGCAUGAUCUUGCUCCAGCUUCUUCCUUUCCUCCUUUGCUUUGUUGUCAAAUUAUAAGAAGUCCCGCCUCUUAAACGGCAAAUAGCCAAUAGGAUUUUGGUGCAUCAGAGAUAGCACAUCAGAGUGGUGAAAUUGGUGGUAGUGGUGGAGGGGCACCCCAGGUUUGGCUUGCAGACACGCCCCUGUCUGUUGAAUAAUGCAGCUGUGUCUGGAUAGCACUUAUGUCAGAGCGACAAUUAGCUCCGUGAAAAGCAGUCUUACGUUGUUAUUAGUGAGGAGGGCUGCGCACUGGACCUCCUGUCCACUCUGGAGUGGGUUAAACAUCCAUGUGGAUCUAAUUAUGACCCCCCUCCUGGCCUUGUUUGUGCGUCAUAACACUCCUUUUAUCAUUCUCAUUGUAAUCUGCAGCUCUGAAUUUGAUUAACUCUCCUUAAUUCUGUCCACGGAUGCUUCUCUCUAACUUUAUUCAUUCUCUUUUUCCCGUUCAAUUGCAAGAUAAGUGGCACUUUUUUUAUUUUUUUGCUUUUUUUGGUCGGGAUGUUUGUCAAACACUCAUGCACGAGCAGAAUAGGGAGACUGGUUACCGUGGGAACGCUGUGAGCUCUUCUGUGAAGAACUCUGUGGGCGAGAGACACAGAAAAGAGAGAUGGAGAGAAGUGCAGAGAAGAAGAAGAGAGGGUAGGAGUGGGAGCAGGCGCAGGGUGAAAGACAAGCAAGGAUUGAAUGACGGCUGGAGAAGGAGGUAUUAGAGACAGAUGAGUGCUGCGGCUUUUAUUUCUCACGUUUCACAGGUUUGAUUUCAUUGAAAAAAGUUUAAAAGUUGUUUCCUUGGACAGCAAUCACAGAGAAUGAGUCACGUUUGCGCCUGGGAUCCGAUUCAGGCUUUAACCGAAUAUUCCUUCGCUGAUCUGGAGGGGGUAUCACUUUCCGGAUCGACUCCCUCUCCAGUCUCCCACAUCACAUUUAAAUGAAGCCUGAUUGCUUUUCAUUGGGUGAAUCACAGCCGCACACCUGCACAGAAACACACACACAUAAAAAUACACACAUGUGCAUGCUAACUCACAGGGUACAGCAGGUGCCUGGUGUGCGUAGUCGAGUCGUAACUGUAACUGGUGCCCCUCCUUGUCAGUGCUUUCGCCUGGCACUCAACGCCAAACGCCCACACAGGCAGUCCGCACUGUUGCCAAGCAGCAGGAGACUCAAGCUCACGGUGGAAAGCGAUGGAGGGGAGAGGAGGGAGGGAGAACCAGAGGGUUGUUGGUUGUGGAAAAGCUGCUGGUAGAAGGGAAGGGAACUGGAGGGAGUGCGUAUAAAAACACACUUGACUUUGGGCUACAGCGUGUGUGUGGUUAUCAAACGUCUCUGUUUGUCAGCAGGAGUCAGGCGGGUCACACGCUGGAGGUGGGAUGACGCAGCGCGCUCCCACACGCUUAUUUCAUAGACAAUGGUUGGAGAAAGAAAGAAGAACAAUUUGAGGCACAAUGGCUGAAGUGCAGAAGGAAAAAAGUUGAUGCCGUGUGUAACGCGGCCACAACAGCGCUGAAGAUGUCUUCCUCACAUGUGAUCCGGGCUCCCACUCUCCUCACUCAUCUAUACAUAGUCUCACCUACACGCUUGACUCCCCCGUCCCUGCAUGCCGCUGCACAGGUUCGAGGAGAAAAAAUGCACAUUCCAUCAGUCCACAUCCUUUUUCCAUCUCACACCCUUCCCCUCCUCUUUGUCCUUCUUCCUUCCCUUCAUCCUUCCCUUGAUUCCUCCUCUCUUGAUUAUUUUCACCCUUGCCUUCCUCCGUGUUCAACCUCUCCCACUCUCAUGUAGCUCGCUCUCCUCCCACUCUUCCUGCUGCCUCCAGCCUCUGUCAACUUGCCGCUUUAAAUACCUCGCACUUUCUCCUAAUGUACCUCUUUUUCCUCUAACCCGGCCUUCCCUGCGUCCCCUCUCACACACUCUCACCUCUGAUGUGUCGACUCAAACCUUCACUUUGUUUUUGAGUCGGCAUGCGCCCGCUAAUGACAAAGAGAGACUCGCUAAGAGAGAGAGUGAGUGGGUAGUUUGUGUGUUUUGUUCUUCUUCGGAGGAGGAGUAGAAGAAGAAGGAGGUGGAGGACGAUUGGGGCCUCAUGUAUGUGUGUGUGUGUUUUUGUUUUAUGGCACUGUGGGAUUCAGGCAUAACUGCUCAUGAAGCAAAACUCAGAUCCUAAAUGAGCCUGUCAACACUCCCCUCACUGGGGAAACUCUAUCAGGAGGCAUUAUCGCUGGUGAAAUACAAAUCUUGGCAGUUAAAGAGACCACACAGCGAGUACGAGUAUUGCUCAGACUUACAUAACGGCACCUCUACCUCUCUUCACAUCUCCAUCCAGAGCUGAACAGGUCAGCGAGUUCAUUUGUGCAGAAUAGUCCUUUUUCUUUGGGUUACGGAUAUCUGACGGAGAGAAAUGUACCACUCAGAGAGGUCACGUCUCAAACAGUCUUCAGCAGCGAGGGGUCUUCUCCUGUUAAUGAAACCUUCAAGGUUGUCGUCCUCAGAAUAAAUGGAAAUGUAAAGGGCAUAUUUCUCGCACAAUUGGCUGUUAUAAUAGCCACCCGCCAGGUUAUUCCCACUUAGUUUAAACUUUUUAUAAGUUGUGCCAAGCACCAGAGCGCCCGCCUACAUAAUUAUAACCUUGAACACUCUCAUUUUUAACCACCAAUGUUUCCCCUCCAGUUAAAACUCUUACUCUCCCGCUAACAGCUGAGAUCAGCGAGCUGCAUUUGUCUCUUUGUGCGACGCUGCCAACACCCGAGAGGCAAAAGCAACCUAAAACCCCGUCCAACAUGUUUCAGUUUCUGUCAUCAGCUGGAUUAAAGGAUAAGAAAGGAGAUGGUGUUUCUGUGUGUUUGUUAUUGUUAUCGAGUCACUUAAAAGGAAACGCCACACAGCGAUGCCUCUGAGUCGCUCGAGCAUCCCUGAAAUGUCUCUGAUUCGCAGCGUGGAGUCUUUUCAUUCUUUUGGAGGACUGAUCCUCCAGAAUCUGCAGAAGGAGAUUUUUUGGGUCACCAGUGGAUACAAGGACAGGGAGGACUGAAUCAGCUGAAGUUAGACACACUCUGUAGAUUAGUGGUUCUCAACUGGUGGGUCCUGACCCAAAAGUGGGUCGCGGACACUUUCUGGAUGGCUCUAGAAUAGCUGGUCAAAAAAGUAAAUAUUUGAUCCGCAUCUGAUGUUUAAAGCGUCUUUUAUUUUAGAAAAUAGCUUAUUUUGAAAGGCACGCGUCAUGUCAUGGUCGUCCUCGGUUUCUUAGUAAUGUGGCCUGAAUGCAGAGAUGCAUAAAAGUCAAAUUUUUCAUUUUGCUGGUCUCCAUUUUGUGCAAUUUGAUGUUUUCUGUACAUGCAACUUCAGCAGUUGUCCUCAGUUCAUGUGCUCUGAAAUACACUUUACUCAAUAAAAUGGGGGUGUUUAUGUCAAGGAUUUUAGUCUUAAACGUUUUUUUUUUUUUAAUUAAAAAAAAUAAAUUUGCUUGGUUUGAAUUUAAUAAAAGUGGAUCGCAACCAUAAACUGCAUAUUCUAUGGACAACUUAGUUCUGCCUCCCGCCUGUAUACGGAUUUGAGGCCAAAAAGCUCUCGGUAAUUCUGCAAUUUUCCACAGGUCCAUAAGGAUGGCUGGCAGAGGUGGGAUUUAUGACCUAUACUGCAGCCCGUCAACAGAAGGUGCUGUUCUCGGAGUGGCUUCACCCAGCAAUGAGGCAGAUUCUGUCCAUUCUAUAUACAGUCAAUGGUCACAGUCAUGGACCAUGGGAAAAUGUGGGUCCCAGAGUGAGACCAGUUGAGAACCAAUACUGUAGACCGACUUGACCGCCUCUUAUCUGCGAUUCAGUUGUGUCGAAUAAAUGUGUGUUUUCUUAAUUUGGAUUAGCUGGUUAGUUGGGAUUUAAAUGUCCAUUUUAAACACCAGGAAAUGAUUUUCGCUUGAAUCUCUCUAAGAAGUGAUCUGAUUUUGGUUGGUUUGUUAUUUUGCUAACACUCAGCAUUUACACUCUGAGCAGUGACAGUGAUUUAAAUAAUCAAGUUUCUGUGUUGGGAAACAGUCAGCCACACAAUAAGUCAAAACUCACUACAAAUCUCCAAACAUCUCUAAAGGAAGGACUUAAAUAUCUGUUUAUUCCUCACUUUGAUUUGAGCGGCAAAUCUGAUACAGUCACUUUGAUUUUAAUUGAUACAGUGUUGGUGUAAUAAAUCGUAGAUAACUAACGUCUGGAAACUUCACAGCUGUUUGCAGCAGACGUUACUCAAACAGGUUUGAAUGAUGUGUCUGUCAAGGACUUUUUUUCUGUGACUAUUCAUAGCAGCAGGACGGUGGAGUUGGCUUUACUGAAUAGAGAGCACAGAGACAGUUUUUAAGGUCAAUAUUUAUCUUUAACAGAGUUUGAAAAGUAUGAUGCAGUAUUAGGACCACAUUAUGAAAAAAAUGUAAGACUUAGAGAUUAAAGUCAUUAACUUAUGAGGAUGAAGUCAGAAUAAAGUCCUUAUAUUCUAACCUGCUGUUUAAGAUGAUAGUUGUUGAAAUUAGAGCCAUGGAGCAUUUCAUGAAAAUGUACUUCAAUAUAAGUUUCUCAAACAAGGAGAUAAUCUUUUGGCACAUCUGCACCACAUUAUUAUAAAUAUCAUAAUGAUUUUAUUACUUUUUUAUUUAUUUAUUUAUUUAAUUUAUUCUCAUAAAUUAGGAUUUUAUUACAAAUUUAUUCUAGUAAAUUAUGAUUUUAGUAUGACUUAAUUCUAGUAAGUAAAUACUUUAUUAUGACUGUAUUCUCAUUAGUAAUGACUUUAUUCUCAUUAGUAAUGACUUUAUUCUCGUAAAUUAAUGACUUUAAUCUCAAAGUCUUACUUUUUUUUCUUAAUGUGGCCCUAAUUCUCCGUCGUAGAAAAGUGAUAAAGCAGAGACUUUAUUUUUUUGCUUUUCACUCAUAACAAAAUAAAAACAAUCUCAAAAGUCAUCCUCCAACUGUUUUAUUUGCAGCUUGUCAUAAUGUUGUUUUCUCCGGCCGCCAUCAGAGUGACGCUCCAGCUGUGACUGACAGUUUGACCGCUUCGUCUCUCGUAGCUGGCCCCCCCUAAAACAAGCUGCUAAUCCACUGCAAAUCUCACUUCCUUUCUCGCCCGCUCUUCUCCGUCUCGUUCCCACUCCACGCCGCUAAAAACCGACGGGGACUGCUUGUCCUUGACGGCAGCUGGCCCCCAGUGAGAAGAACCCGGCCAUUUACAUGCUAAUCUCAACCGCUGCUCACUCUUCAGCUGCUCACUUGCUCGCUCGCUAUCUGCAGAUGGAGCAUCUCUAAUUCCUGCCAGAGUUAGAGGAGAGGCAGAGAGGCUUUUGUGCUACAUGUGCACUUUUGCAUGCAUUACAGAAAGUGGUUUCAUAUUUUCAUGCAGGAUGAUCCACGGGAGGACUCGGCUGUAGACCUGUAUAGAGCUUUAUAUAAUCCGUCAGAGUGGAUGGUGGAGUUUUUUUUCAGUGAAAUCUCUCAUUUAACAACCUGUGAGGAUUUAUAUAUAUAUGUUUCUUUCUUCGACUCUAACCCUUAACUCUUCUCUUCCUCUCACACUUUAACACACAUAUCUGCCGGGAAACUCCAACCAGAACCUGUGGUGUUUCAAAGAUGUUGGUCACCGUGUUAUUGUCGGAGUCUGUACAAUUUGUCACACCUCUUUUUUUCUCGUUUAAAUGUGUCAUUCCUUGUACUACCAUUGCUCUGUCAUGUGCAGCUUCAAACAAUGCUCUUCUCUCUGUCUCUUCUUUCUGCUUUGUGGCUGACUCUUUAUGGUUUGUGUGUCUCUCUGCUUCUUCCAUGUCUUUUGUGUGUGCCUGUCCGUCCCUCCGUCCGUCAGUGUCCGGCCGUCGUCUAUCUCAGGGCAGCCCACCUCGGCUCCCAGCACUCCCACUGCAGCUGGUUAUGCCACUCUGUUACCCACCAGUCUGACUGUUCACAGCUUCGUCAGCCUCCAUCAGUACUGCUGCCCCUCUACUGACCAAAGCUUACAGCGGGAGGACAGGUAAGGGCCACUGCAGGGCGCUGAGAUCCCAUUAGGAGCCUUGCAGCAACCCCAGAUCCUCUAAACCUACCUCCAGAUCUCACUGUGUGGCCUUUAACCAUCACUUUCCUUCCUUUUCAUCCCUGUCUGCCUGACUUAACCUUCUGCAACCCCUUCCUUUUUCUUUUAAUCCCCACCAUGAGCCCGGUCUUUUGUCUGCUGCCGCUCCCAGGUGUGACUAAUAGCUCAAGUUUGGCCCUUAAAGCAGUUUGAAAAAGAGGCAGCUCCUCGCACAGAGCGGGAGGGAGCACUUAUUUGUGCUUAGUCCAGGGACCAAGGUGCACUGAGUCACAGUCGAACCUUGUGAAUUCUUCCCCCUUCUUUUCUGUCCUCCCCUCAUUUAUCCUCUCUACCUGAUGCUGUUCUCAGACACAUCAGUGCAUGAUGCUCCAACACUGCCACCUAAUGGCUUGGCACAGCUGGGAUCUGUGCAUACAUUCACUGUAUGGGCAACUGUAUUUAAUGAGAAUGCUUUUUUUUGUCCCUGUUUGCUCUAAAAACACCAUUGCUUUAUCAAAUGUGAGAAAAAUCAUCACCAAAAUGAACUCCAGAUGUUUUUCUUCAGAAAUGUCCCGUUUAUAUAGUCUAACUUCUGGGCCUCUUAACUGAGAUUAGUGUUUUUUUAGGUUUAUAGGUUAAAAAAUACAAUCUCGAAAAACUGGCAGGGAUGCAUGAUGUGUUUUGGGUCUGAUAAGUUACUAGCUUGAUAAUAAAAAUGUCCAUUAUUGAUUGUUAUUCCGAUAAAAGAAAUUUAUCUGAUAAAAUAUCUAAUAAUAGCUGCGUCCAUGUACUUAAAAUCAACAACCAACAUCCUGGUAUUAGACUAAGAAAACCAAACUGUCCUCUAGGAAGCACUUCAUGUCGCAGCACGGACAUACAGGUGAACAAAACAUGUCAGACAAACAACCAAAAUUCAGAUUAUUCUGAUUGGAUAAUUAAAAGCAGUUGAUGUCAAUAGCAAAAUCACUGGACGUCUACCCUUAUACCCUUUUUUCAUAUCACUCGGUCCAUGCAUUUCUCUUAAAGGGAUAGUCAGGCGUAAAAUUAAUUUAGGGUCAAACACAUCAUAACACCGAGUUAGACACCCCCUCGAGAGAUGGAUGUUGCCGACCGAUUGCUUUUCUAGUUAUACCAACUUUAGUAACGACCGCACGAUAGCAAUACAGAGCGGUCUAAGGAGCCAUAGACAAACCUCAACCAAAACGCCACUCUAUAGCCACAAAUAAUGAUCAGAACAGCACCUAACUUCAUCAACAGUACAUAUAGGGUCCCAGCCAUAGUACUAGCCAUCAAACAUAUUUUUAACUUUGCCUAAGAGACUUAACACAACUCACCUACUCUCUUCCAGCAGCCGCUUGUUUGUAGCAAGACCUUGACCGGUCCAUUAUGGACUACAGCAGGGUGACGCAGCUCAAGGAAGAACAUUCAUGAUCAUUUCUUCAUGGAUAAUACAUAAACAAAAGGAUAUUGUCAAUAAAUGAUUUAUAAAUAAAGUUUCAAUAUUGAAAGAGUUCAAUUUCCCUGAGAAAAUAUAAGCACUGCAAGGAGUAAAAAUGGCGUCACCAUUGAGGAUGUUUUUCUCUCUUUCAGAAGACGAUAAAACUUGUAAAACAUGUGCGACAGUUACUCUGAGAGCUCCUUGAGUUUUAUUAAAAACCUUUCUUUUGAAUCACACAGGAAUUCAUCAAUUAAAGCUCCUGUUAGGAGUAUUUAUCUGGAAACAAAACAGACUGAAAUGACCUUGCUGUUUUCAUGGCUUACAUUUGUACAGAACAAGAUCAUUGAAGGUAGGAGUUGGAUCACAAAGAGGUAUUAAAAGAAUCUAAAGUAUCAGGAGCUGCUGCCAGUAUCAGCACCAGAGCUGCAGUUCCAGUUUGAGGACUUUAGAAAGUUUAUUGGAGACGACCCGAAACCUGACGCAAGUCUGUAAAAAAUCACUGAAUUGACAGCGCACAGGUGGUGAAAGUAUUUACUGCUACUUUACAAGUGCCUCCCCUGUAUGAUGUGAUCUCUUUACAAUCUCAGUCUGAUCCACACAAAUGUCAGUCACAUAGAGAGAUAAAAAAAGUUUGACAGGGCUCUUUAAUUGGCUGCUUGUCUGACACCUUCCCCAAUCGCACCUUUAGACAUAAAAAAGAAGGAUGUAAAUAUCGCCGGUCUUGUUUGCGUUCAUAAAGAACCCACCGAACAACAGAUGGCUAUUAGACGUCUAGUUAUUUUUUAGACCUAAUUUCCACCGUCUAGAUUCUGUAUAUUUUUAGACGGAAUACAGACAUUGCACUUUAACCCUCUAUUCGAUAAGUAUUUAUUUCAAAAAGCAACUAUGAGUUUUGCACAACUGAUCUCCAAGUACUUAACCAAAAUAAUUAUGAUAGCUGUUGAGCAUUAUACUGGUAGAUCUCUGUUAGCUGGCUAGUCUAAACUCGGUCUAAAUUUAGACGUCCGAAAACUUUCAUUUUUAGACCUGUGUUAGAAUGAUUUUGGACCAGUCGUCUAGACUACAUUCAGACAUCUAUUAGACCUCUUUUAGACCAAAAAAUGCUCAGAGGGAAGCAUCUGAACAAAUUUCAGUCCAUUUCAUAAACAGGAAAAAAUUCCUUAUAGGAGCUUUAUAAAAGUGAUUUAAUCAAGAGUCAGCAAGUAAAGUCCAUUCAAAUAGGAAUCUCAUGUACCAAAACGUAAUAUAUCAAGAAUUAAAAACGUAAAGGAUAAUAUCGGCUAUCUUAUCAAUAUCAGCCAUCAGAAACAGGUUAUUAUCAGUUAUCAGUUCUCGGUAUUGGCCCAGAAAAAUAAACAAAUCAUGCAUCUCAAAAAGUAAGUGCAAUAAUAAUGAAAGAAUUGAUUAUAUGUGUGAUUCACAAAUUAUUAUCUGCAUCAGUAUUUCUGCUGCAGAGUAAGAGAAAAACUUACAGGCUAACAGUGGACAGAGGGCAUUGUCUCCUCUUGUUUGUGGAUGAAGUCUUUGGGUUUUUAAAAAGAUUUCUGAUUUUAGGUUUUUGGAAACUAUGAAGAAGAUUUUUCGUUUACAUUUCUCCCCUUUUGUAGAGUAAAACUUGGCAUGUAAAUCAUUGAUUAAAAGAGUCUUUCGAUGCAGCUCUGUGCUUUCUUGCUUCAUUCUGCUUUGUUGUUUUCUGUGUCUCAUGCUGUUUUUCACUCUGCCCCCCUCCCUUCUUCUUCUUCUUUCUUCCCCCCUCCUCUGUCUUGUUUGUCUGCCUCGUUGUGUUUCUCUCUCUGUUUCUUGUUGUUGUUUUUUUCUUCCUUCUUUUAUUACUCGUCCUGUGUUUGCUUUCCAAGAGAGGAGGGUGAGGAUGAGGGUGCCCAUCAGUUCUGUUGCUCUGCCUCAGGCUGCAGUAGCCCCUCCUCUCGCUGAGCCGAGCUGUGACCGACAGCACAACGUCUCGCUCGCCUGUUUACCUGUGAAAAGACUCUCACAGUUUAUGCUGCCAGAAAACGGAGACCUCACUGUGUACCAAAAAAAGAAAACAAAAAAAUCAGAGUAUUUUCAAAGAAUUUGAAAAAGAAAUGCAUGCGACUUGUGGACUUUUGUGACGGUUUGUUUCUUGUGCUUCAACUAUCACAUCCUCUGUGCUUUCAUUCGCAUCUUUUCUCGGAGUGUUGAUGUUGUUUCCUCCCUGUAUUUCUUUGCUGUUUAUUUCAUCUCUCGCAGCCAUAAGAAGCUGUCACAGCGUAUUACUAUCCUCUCCUUGUUACUGUCGCACUCACGCUCAUCUUGGAUCCACUAGUUGAGUCACGUCAGUUCGGAUGUGCCCGGUAGUCACCGUUUGUUAUCUGUGCGCAUCACUAUGCAGUCACCAACCAUUAUGCAAUGUCAGAGAAGCUCGCCUCAUGUGUGAUGUAAAGAUGAAAAAUGUUUGCGGUUUGUUUAACAUAUUCGUGCGGUCUCUUUAUUUCUAAUUACUGAUCCUCUUUCGUAGAUUAAUCUCCUUUUGACAGAAUAUAAUCUAAUCUAACUCUUUCCUUUCUGAAGCUGAAGUUGAUGUAAUUUCUCUGUGUUGUUUAAGUCACGCUGGAAUGUUGCUUGUACACGCCCAGCGCGCUCACGUCCUCAUCCACACACACACACACACACAGUAAAAUUUAAUCAUAGAGUUUCUAUUUUCAGAUAUUGAUUUUGUGUUGUGCAUAAUCCUUGAAUGUUAAUAUUUCUCCUCAGCGGAACAAACAGUAUGUACCCAGUUAUUGUUGGCAACCAACUUUGGACGAAAAUCAGCCUUGUUCUCUGCCAAAAAUAGUACAAUUUUCCACACAUACACAGUGUGUACAUGUGUUAUCUUUUCAUGUGAGGAUGAAUCAUGAAACUCAGGGCAGUUAUUAUAUAUAUACACUGCAGCAAUAACAACUACUGAGCCUCAGAGAGCAUGAGUUCUUAUAGCUUUGGUUCAUAUCACUGUAGUUUUUCAUAAAGUUUCUGCUUUGUCUCAUUUUCAAACGAAAAGCUGCGUUAUGUCGUCCAUCUGAAAGGCUUUAACACAUCAUUAUCCAUGUGUCUGUGUUUCACAUUCACUCUUAUAAGCAGCACAGACACCGAGACGGUUUUAUUUUGAAAGUGGGACACAAAAGAAAACCACAUUUCUUAUAUCUCUCCUCCUCUUUUUUCAAUAAACAAACGCACUUCUUCAACGUGUCUCGUCUGCUCCUAUUAUUUCUUCCAGCUGUGACGUGUUUUCUUUGUUUUGUUUGGUCUUGUAAUUAGUGUGACUGUGCAUGUAUGUAUGUGUGUGUGUGUUUGUGUGUGUUUUUGUUAGUGAUGUAGAGCAGAGGAGGGAGGGAGGAGUAAGAAAAAGCCGGGCAGGGUGAGGGAAGUUCAUAGACUGUCAAGUAAUGACUGUGAAGAAUGUAGCCUGGACAGCUUUUCAGGGCGAGCGAGUGCGAAUGUGAAAGUGUGUACGAAGGAGAGAGAGAGAGACAGAGAGAGAGAGAGAGAGAGAGGGAGUGUGUGUUAUUACGCUGCUCCAGUUUGUGUGAGACCUUCUCUGACAGUAGCAGCAUGGUAAGAGCUCAACUUUUUCUUUCCCUUUUGCCAACUUUGACUUUAAUAUAAAGGGACAAAAAUGACAUCUGUGUGUUUGCGUUUGACAAAAGUGUUGAUAAAACGAACCGGAAUCCUUAAAAACAAAAAGAAAAGAAAGAUAAAGUGAUUGAUUUAAAAAAUAGGGACUCUCUUUUGAGUGCUCAUAAUUAUAAUGUGGGUGUUUUUUUGUCAAGUUUUUCCAAAGAAUAACUUUUAUUUUGAAAGGAAUCUGACAUGUAAAUGGACUUUGACGGGGUGAUGAAUGAGCUCCUAAGAGGUGUGCUCGGUGUGACAGAGGAAACAUGCCGUUCAGAUGACAGAUCACAUUCUUUUCAAAGCCGGGAUAAUCAGCCCGGCUGACCCGAAUGUCAAUCACAGGGGAAUUUCAUGACAUAACCCUGAAAAAACGACUCCAAACUCUCGGAUUUGUAGCUCGAACAAUAACAAACAUUUCCACAGAGGUUUGUCGUGUGAGUCUGAAGGGCCCCCGAGGUGGAGGAGGAGGAGGGUAUGUCAGCUUCAAUGCAUUUCUGCAGCCAGCACUCGAACUCUGCAGAGGCAGAAUCAGCUGUGGCCAAAUCUGGAAGUAAAUCAGUCAAAAAAAAAACUUGGAAAUUUUGCAGAGAGACAUUUGGAGCAGGUCCAAAAAUAGCGGAUUUCCAAUGGAGACAAAGUUUAUUGAUGUACAAGACAGGGAAAAGUUGUUCUGUGAUGGUGCCAGCGAUUAUCUGAUGAGUUUAUGCUUACAAAACACAACCAAUCUCAAGACACAUCAGUCUGCGGCUUCUCUAUUAUAUUUCUUAAAAGUACUGCUUAGAUAGAAUUGGCACUUUACGAUCAUUUUAUCAAAUAAGACCGUCUCAAAAAGCAGCUUUAUAACUCCAGAUGAAAGAAGAUGAAUAAGAAAAGUGGUGCUUGGUUUGACAAAAUGGAUAAACUACAUAUAAAGAGGAGAAAGUGGUAUCUCCAGCUGACAAAACCACAGUUCCAGCUCUGAACUCAGGGUCAGGGUCACAGGAUUGAACGGUAUAUGAGUGAGCGAGAUUGUCAGAGGAGAGUUGGCGGUGCAGGAAUUCUCCGAUGUGACCCAUGAAUGAUGUGAUUGUUUCAUUUCAGUUCGGCCGUUUGAAAGAACAGGAACAAGAGUUACAAAGAGGGUACAGAUUGUUCUGGAUGUGGAUUUAUUUUCAUGUAGGAAAACAUUACCAGCGCUGUGCUUUUAAUCUCUUUAAGCCCUCAUGUUGAUGGCAAAUAUUAUCACUACUGCUGAGUAAUUAGCUGGGGUCUUACUGAAUGCCUUUCAGCGUCUCUUAUCCUUUUAUUUAGGUCACAGGGGGCAUUUAUAUCCGUGUUAUUUAGAAAAACAGCAUAAGGCCCAAUAACAGAGUACAUCACAUAGACAUUUUGUCCUCUCUUCAAUGCUAUUUGAGGCUCAAGUCACUUGUUGUCGUCUCCCAUAUGGACACGGUGAGGAGUUCUAUUUUUUGUCGAUUCACAGAAGGUGUCAGGAAAGAAAUGAUGUACAACUUAUAGAAGUCAGGACGGGUUUGGAGACGAUCAAGAAAGACAGAGAACAUUUAGCCUGAACUAGGGCAGGGCGAUAAAACGAUAACCACAUAUAUCGAACAUGGUCAAUAUGCUUUUUCGAUAGUCGGCAUUAAAAAGGAGAAAAGUGCAUUCUCCAUGAUUUAGCUGGGUUUAGAGCGGCAAGGUGUAUGGUGUGUUUCCCCGUUAAAAGACAAGGAUACAGAUGUCCAGUUUGGUGGUGUGCACACAGGUGCGGUGGGUUCGGAGCUUCUAUGGUGUGUUUACGAGCAUAGGACACUUGAAAACUCACCGUAAAACACAAUAUAACUGCACGGUAUUUACUUGAAAACACCUUAUCAACUUGGGCUUUCUAACAGGCAUAUUGCCAUGUUUUGGUAGAUUAUACAAAUAGCCAAUGAAAGGGAGAGUUGCUCCGGGUCCACUUUGCGUUAAACCAAUCAUGGGAUGAAUUAAGGUCUUUACACACUGGGAACAGUAGACUGAACAUUUUAAAUGAGGAUGAAGUUCCUCCUGAAAGUUAUGAAAUCAUACAAAUUUCAUUCCAAAAAGUAAAAGUCGUCUUUCAUCAUGUGACUUUAGUGUUUCCAAAGUUUCCAAGUAUCUAAAAUUACUGUGCUUAAAGCUCCUGUUAGUGUUUUUUUACUGGUUUGUACCUGGCUGGUAAACAGACUGAUACUGAUGCCUCUUCAGUCAAAUAAGAGCCACAAGUCUGAUAUAUUCAGAAAACAGAAUAAGGGUACUAGCGGUACCAAAUUUGUUCACAGGGGGCACUUAAGUCAACACAGACCAAAAGUCACUCACUGCAGCUUUAAAUAUUAAAAGUGAAGAUAGAAGUAACCAGUGAGGACAAUGUUGUCAUUUCUGAGGUCUCUGGGCAUCCAGUAUCUCUGUUGAAUGCUUUUUUAACUUUCUAAUUUACUAUACCUCAGUUUUUAACCUCUCAGUUUUGCACUUUCGUUUUCAGUUCAGAAAGCCCCCAGGUAACAAAAUUCUUCUCUGGAAUCUGUGGGGGACUUUUUAUCCUAGAAAUGUCAAGUUGAGUGAAAGUGAAAGUUGACAAUCAUGUUUAAAUGACUUCUCGGAAAUCCUCUCAUGCUCUAAUAAAGAUACUGUCACCCAGGAAUGUUACACCGCUGCUGCUGUUGUUUGUUGUUUAUUUUAUCAAAGCUGACGAUUAAACAGGCUAAAAGUAAAUGUGAGAUAACAGCUUUGAGUGAAAGCUUUGGUGAAAAUGAGUCUACAGACAGAUCAAUGUAAUUAUUGGCAUCUUCAUGGCUGGCAGCAGAGAGGUUAAUCCCUCGGCCUGCAGGUCCUGCUGAGGGUUCGAUGGCACAGUCAGACCAACUGCUGCUCCUCACACAAACACACUCACACGCACAGAGUCAGCACAUCAAUAUUAAAUGAGCGAGGGACUGGAGGAGUUGACAUUGUGCUUUACAGCGAUCGCUUUUCUCAUCGGCGCUCUUGUCAAUUUUCUGUCUACGUCUUUUUAUCUCUUCGCCUCUAUCGCUUCUGUUUAUUAGAUCCCAACCAUCUGCUCCACUUCCAGUUAAAUGGUUACAGGUAGUGAAACUCGGGGCCGGUCUUUAUGAGGGAGUCUCCAGAGAGCGGCUGGCUCUGGCACUGUAACAGGAAUACAGGGUUUCUUACAUAAGUAAUGAGGUGGUGCAGAUGCCAGCUGUGAUAUGGUCGCACUCAUGUUUUAUACAACAAACUUUAUACUCGUAUAUCAUUCCCACCUUGUGUCUUGUUGCAUAUUACUGCCCUGCUUUCGCUGCAGGCUAAACCAGAGGAGAGUCUUGUUAAACGCGUGCUCGCCUGGAGGUGGAUUGGAAGACCAGAGAAGAGGAACAAAUCAAUGUUGAAACAGAGUCUGAUAUAUUCAAAAAUUCAACCAAACUUUAAGACUUUCAACGCACUCUCUCUUAAGGUGAAGAUCUUCCUCUAGUUGCGCAGAUGAAGUCUUAAAAGCGUGCACGUGUCUCAGUGAAGCAUGCUGUAGAGAUAAAAAUCUGUGUUUUCAGUCACAUAAUCCUUCAAACUGGUAACUGAUUCAGAGGCCGCACUGUCACAGCAGAAACAAGCACUCUCCCUGAAGGUAAUUUGCAUUUCUGUCUCCGCUCAAAGUGACAUGACAGCUGAAGUUUGUAAGGAUUUUCAGGUCAAGUCAAUCCCGAGGAACAGCCAUGAAUAUUCAGACGCUUUAAUGAACCCAGGCUUGUGGCUCCUGGAUUUUUAGCGCUGCAUGUAUUUCAGGUUUCUGUGACUCAGUUGAAUGAGCAAAUACCAUCUGCUCCUGCUGAUGUGCGCAGCAGGAAGUUACAGCGUGGCUUAGUCGCCGCUUGUGUCGACCUGUUGGCUCGGAGCGAAGGCACUCGUAGCUCAGUGGCUCGUUUCCACUCCUUAAAAGGAGGACUUUUAAUUCUGAGGAAGACCCGGUUUUCUACCCCUCAGGUUACCCAAGAUGUAUAAAUAGAAAUUAGAUUUGGACGAUAUUUUUAGCCCUCCGUUCUCCCUAAACUACCAAGUUUAGACGACUCUGUAUUUACAUGCUUCAUAUAUUUAUUAUUCUUCUGUUUUCAUAACAAGACAAGUAUUAUGAAGACUGUCAUUCACAACCUGUGGAGCAUCUUCAACACCCACCUCAAUGGUGAUAACCGUCAAUACAUUGUCAUGGCAACUACGCUUCUCAUCCUAACAACUGCCUCACCGCCUACAAAGGUCCCACGGCAACCGUCACCAGGCAACCCCCUCCCUCUCCUCAGUAUCUCUAUUUAAGUAGCAGUGGAGGAGGUGGAAUGAUAAAUGAUGCCGCUCAGAGGAAAAAUAUAUUUUAAAGAAGAGCAACAACUCGCUGCUCAUAAAUAAUUAGUGUAAACUCUGUGUGUAAACAUUGUACAGCUUGUUCAUACUGUUAUUAAUUCUCUCUCGUGAGGACACGGAGCAUGUGUUUAUCUCAAAUUCUGCAAAGACUAUAAAUAUUAAAGCCACCCUAAGGGGUUUUUGACAGCUUGUGAAACAGAUUGAAAUUGAUACUGACGCCUCUUUGUGACCAACAAAAUCUAAUAAAACCAUCAACAGCUAGACCGGCAAUUUCUGAAUAGUGGUUUUCGGUGCUUGAAAGAGCUCCUAGGGGUCAGAGACCAUCUGUCCCAUUAUCUCAGUGUUGACAAUGACUGUCUUUUUGGAGAACUGGAACAUUAAUAUCUUGCCAAAAACAAGCGUAUGGGUUUAUAGAAGUAGACACACUGGUUUGCACACAUCAUAAAAUCAAGAAGAGACAAUAAAGAAGCAGCUGCUGCGAGCCGUCUAACUCAUAGCAACUCUCUGACAGUUUUAAAGCUCCAGUGAGUGAGUUUUUCAUGUUUAUGAAACAGACUGAUAUUUAUAUUUAUGCCUUCUGUAUAUAUACAAAAACAAACAUGACCAUCAGUGACAAGAUUAACAAUUGUUUUAUUUUUGUUUUUUAACCCCUGAAACUGGCGCGAGAGGGUAGGUGUCACCCAAGCAGCUAAAGACACAGACCUGUUUUUACUUUUUCUGCAUAAAAAAGGACCUGGAGAGUGGGAGGGGACGAGUCGGAACUACGGGAGAGGGGUGUGCUGAAUACAGCGAGGUGAUUGGAUGAAGAGGCCGAGCAGGAGAUUGACCAACCCUAUUGGUCAAUGUUUUGCAGCCCUGCACCUGCUAGGGUGGACAGAUUUUUUCCAUUCUUUUUUCUCUUCACUUUGUGGAGAUCGCACUAAGUUAAUAGAAGACAAAAUAAGCAUAGGCUUCUCUGUCCACAGGGGGUGCCAAAAUUGACACAAACUAACCCAUUCACUUUUAUGUAAACAACUUUGAUAUCCAACUUACCUGCCGAGCUCCACCCCUCUGUGAUAUUUUGGUCCAUGACCUACUUUGAGUGCGUUCAGUCAAUUAAUCUUUUGCUGUGAAUUUCCGAGAUACCAAAUGACAGUAAGCUUGCCAGGUUGCUGACUAGCAGGCUGCUAACAUGCUUAGAAUGUCCAUUUACUCGUCUAGUGAGAUUGUAUGAUUACUAAGUGGUGGAAAACGUCUUGACUCCACUUACUGAGGUUAUUUCCUUUGCCUCGGGUGCUUUUUUUGUUGGCUGUUGGUUGAGUUCGUUUGAUGGUGAAGAGCAUGUUUAUGAAGUUACAAUACAUCUUGAAUUUGAGUGAUGUUUCCCUGCUAGAUUAUAGUUUUUUAUUCUAUACAUAAAACAAUAAAUAAAUAUGGUAAAUAAGUUUGAAAUAGUAAUCUUUUUAAAAUUGGGAAAAGACAAAAAAGCGGCAGCAACUAUUUGAAAGCUAGCUGUGGUAGCUUUCUUUUACAAAACAGACAUAUCUAGAUUUAUUAUUAUUGCUAAGUUUCAGGUUACUAAUCAUUUGGACAUUAAUACAUUCCAACUAUCUUUUCAGUGUUCUUUUUUUGUUUGUCUUACUUACAAUCUACUAAAAGUAUUAAACUUCAAAAUAAAAGCAUGAGGUUGCAAUGCAGAGAAGAAAGCAACCUUUCAAAAAUGUCAAAAUAAAAGCACAACAACGUCCUCUCCAAGUGUGUUUGAGUCACAGGGCUGGUGAUUCGGAUAAAUCAUUAACUUGAACAUCGUAACAAAUUCUUCAUGACAUGUUGGCUAAUUGCUUUUGUUAGUGAUGGUAAUGCUCCACCCUUGUCUUGUCUUUCCUCAAUGUGACUUUUUUAUUCUCAUGUGGUCGUAACAUCUUGAUCGAGAUAUUCCAUGACCACGAUGAUCAUGAGGUGAAAUCUGAUAUCAGUGUAAAGUGGUUUUUCUAUCCUACAGGUGUAGGAUUUGUGUCUUUAUAAGUGAGGGCUGCAGGGCUCUGGUGUUAUGCAACAUUAUAAAUCCUCAGUGUUGCUGUUAGACUCAACAAUAACACAGUCAGAGCGUGUGCCUUUUGAAGAAACAGGAUGUCCUCCUCAGAGACCCUCCACUGAACAACAUUUCCCCUUUGGUCUGCAGUAAAGGUUUUCAGUCCUGGUGUAGGAACAGGCACAAGUCGUGUUUCAGCAGCACUUUCAAGAUCAAAAAGGUGAACAAAAAAAAAGAUCAUAAAGGUAUCUCCUUGUUCCUUGAAAACUAUUCCUUCAUAUCUUGUUUUCACUGACUAACACAGGAAGUCUCUGGGAUCUGAACAACAGAAGGAGUACAUUAGCUAACCAGUCAGAGCAGAAAAAAAGUCAAAGUCACGCUCUGGCACUUUUUAUGUCAACUAUUAAUAAGUGAUGCAGGAGUUCUCCACGCACAAGAGUGAAUCCUACAAAGGCAACCCUCAGCCACAAAGAUUUCCCUAUUUGUACGUGGUUAAUGUCAGACUCCAGCACAGCCCUGACGCCCUGCCCUGCUCUGGGACAGGGCACAGCUGACAGAAGGGGGUGCGGCUAAAACACAAGGAGGAAAUGUAGGCAGGGGCAUGUGACCGCUGUUUUUCCUCCAAACGCAGACUGACUAAUUGACUUGUCUGGGCAGAAGUGCGCAACAGGAUACAAAAGGAUUUCUGGACUAACUCGCCCGCUGAUAAGUUUUGAGUUUUUUUGGAUUUGCUUUCAUUUGGACACAGCUUUUCUUUGUGUGUGAAUUGCUUUGGGCGCACAGUCUUCACAGCUUGCACAGAGGAGAUGUUGCCAUGUGCUUUGUGUCACGCAGUGAUGUAAUGCGCCUGUUUUAUACCUGCAGCUGAUGAACAACCUGGUCUUUCCUGUCAGUAUGGUGUCGCUGGUAUGUGGAGGAGUGUGUUGAUGACUCCUCAGAAUGUGAUAUCACUGCCACGCUUGUCAGACGAGAAGAAGAUGUAAAGCAGAAAAGGGCGAGCGAGCUUUUCUGAAUGUAGUAUAUUAACCCGGUAAAAAGAAGAGGACAGAGGUCAGAGAUCAUCAACUCACUAUGUAGGUCAUGAAUCUUGUCAGAUCUCAGGCUGUGAAGUAACACCAUGAGUUCCACUAAGAGAUGGUUAACUGCCCGCCGCUCUAAGGUGUACAUGUAAGUCUUUAAAUGAUAUCUUGCAUGUACUUUUCUGCAUAACUGGUGAGGCUCUACUUACCAAAGCAUUAUGCAAUUCUUUUCUUGUGCUUAUAACACUUCAAAAUGUUUGGUGUGAUAAUCUGUCAGCACCCAUAUUACUCACAAAUGGCUCAUUCUCAAAGCUUCUGCUCAUUUUCUCUCGCAGUGUGGAAGGGGACUCCCAGUGUCCAGAUUCGGGCACCCACAAAGACAGCUCAUUCAGCCAGACGCCUUACCUGCGUGGGUCCGAGCGCUACGCUGACAGCAGCAGCAGCAGCACCGUACCUCCCGGGUCCAGGGAGCCUUCACACGUGUCCGUCUCCAGUUCAGCUAGCUUGGCCUGGGCGCUGCGAACACGACAUCAACCUGCGAGUUUGGCCCUCCGCAAGCAGGAGGAGGAGGAGAAUAAGAGAUGCAAGGCCCUUUCAGACAGCUAUGAGCUCUCGACGGAUCUCCAGGAUAAGAAGGUAUCAAUGCCGAGGCUGAUGUUAGUCAGAGGAUUUGUGUUGCAAAUAUUUGUGUUUUUUGGAUGCCAACAGAACAAGCAAACAUUUUGCAGAUCAAGAAAUCUUUUGAGUGGGAAUUCUUGGGUGCAACACAUCGAGGUGGCGAUUAUGUAAUGUUUCUUCUCAACCUCCCGCCAGGUGGAGAUGCUGGAGAGAAAGUACGGUGGCUCCUUCGUAAGCCGCAGAGCAGCGCGGACCAUCCAGACGGCCUUCAGACAGUAUCGCAUGAACAAGAACUUUGAGCGCCUCAGAAGUUCGGCUUCAGAGAGUCGCAUGACACGCCGGAUCAUCCUGUCCAACAUGAGAUUGCAGUAUUCUUUUGACGAGCGACAGCCACAGCAGCAAGCCCAGACUCAGACCAACUUCACCCACAGCGUCGCCAUCGGACCCCCUCAUUCCCCCGACACAGACCGCCAAGGAGACUACACACACUUAGAGGACUCCUUUUCCAAACAGGUGACUGUGUUGUGGGUUUUUACGAACGAUCAGUUUGAGAACAUAACGUUCUUCAGGGUUCAGUGAUGUUCAAAAUGUUAUGUGAAAGCCUCCGCAGUGACAGAAAGAUACAGACAGAGUAAACAACAUUCUUUAUCUCCUCAGGUAAGCUUUAGACUCUGAGUUUGUGCCGGAGACACAGAUUAUGUUUCAGAAAAGUACAACCUCUGCGCCGCAAAAGCUAGAACCCCAUUUUUCUGCAAAUCAAGCAAGAUGCUCAACAAUUUAAAAAUUAUGUGUAAAACUGCAAAAAGUUAAUCAUUCAGUGUACAAAAUAUACAGAGAGAAUCUGAAGAAAUCUCAGAGAAAGAGAGAGUCAGCUUUGCAUUAAAAAACAAACAUGACUCUGUAGUGGGAAUCACUACAUGAGCUAAAAAAAAAUCUCUUUCUGCGUGUGUAACAAAAGCACAGUGCCGAGUCCAGGUUCCUGCAGUCCAAACUUGUCACUCAUCCAAAACAAAAAUACAACAGAGGAGAUCCCAAACUGUUGAGCAGCUGAAGUCCUGCAUCAGGCAACGAUAGAUGAACAAAGCUUCAGAAACCGGUCUCCUCUGUUCUCAAACAUUCAGUGUUUUUGAAAGGAGAGGUGAUGCAACACGGUGGUAAAAAUACCUCUGUACGAACUGCUUUGAAACAUGUUGCUCUCAUUAAAUUUGAAUUGUGUUCACAUUUUUUAUGAAACAAUACAAGUUUUUGGUUUCAGCAUUUGCUCUAUUUUUAGUUAAAUAUAGAUUAAAACACAAACCAUCAAUUCUCACAUCGUGACCAUUUUCUCAGCAGUAAAACUUUUUAAAAAUUUGUUACGUUAGCUCAGGAGGUAGAGCAGUCGUCCAAUAACCGCAAGGUUAGCAGUUCAAUUCCCCCCUAUCCCUGUCUGUUGUGUCCUUGGGCAAGACACUUAACCCACUUUGCUCCCAGUGUGUGUCCUCCACUGGUGUGUGAUUGUGAGUGUUGUGUGGUGGUGGUCGGAGAGGCCGUUUACCGCCACCUCAGUGUGACUGUGUGAGUGAGUGAAUGAAUGAUGUAUCCAAUGAGGGUCUCCGAUAAAGCGCUAUAUGAAAUCUGAUGCAUUAUUAUUAUUAUUAUUAUUAUUAUUAUCAUUAUCAUUAUUGUCAUUAUUAUCAUUAUUAUUAUCAUUUUUAUUAUUAUUAUCAUUAUCAUUAUUGUCAUUAUUAUCAUUUUUAUUAUUAUUAUUAUUAUUACAUGUUUUGUUGUUAGAAUUUGGCGGCGCUAACUCACGCCUUAAUUUGUCUCCCUCCAGGUCAAGUCCUUAGCCGACUCCAUAGACGAUGCCCUUACCUGCCGCGCAGGACGCGAUGACUCCCAGGAGGGCAGCAGGGAGGGUGGAGGCAUCAGUGAGGACUUUGGGGAGUGUGUGUGGAGCAGCAGCAGCAACCCCUCCUCUCAGAGAGGUUUGGGGGAACGAGCCAGGGGUGCUGGAGGAGGGCUCAGUAUGCACGGCGACAGCACUGCCACUUCAUACAGUGACGUUACUCUAUACAUGGAUGAUGGCAUGCCGUCGUCACCUCUGUCCCUGGAUCGAGCACCCAGCAGCACAGACACAGAGUACUGGGGCCCCGGUGGCGGUGUCGGAGGGCGUGAGGACAGCAGGGACACUGAGGGAGGGGGGAGCAGUAACAGUCGGCGCAGCACUCCUUGUACGGAGUGCAGGGAUUACCGUUUAAGGGGCGCACAUCUGCCUCUCCUCACUAUCGAGCCACCGAGCGACAGCUCAGUGGACAUGAGUGACCGGUCAGACCGAGGCUCCCUGAGCAGACAGCUGGUCUAUGAGCAGGAGUCUGGGGUGGGGGCUGGCUCCCCUCAGGGGACCCUAAAACACUCCCCCAACACAGGCACCCGCCCUUCGUCCACAGCAGCUGCUCAGGGUCAGACCAGAGCCCCUGGCAGACCCAUACCCACUCACAUCCCUCAUCAGGUGGCUGCACACCACCACCAUCACCACCAUCCUAUCCACCACCAUCAGUACCCAGAUACACCUUCAUCAUCCUCAUCCCCGCAGCAACCCCCAACCACCCCUCUGUCCUCAUCCUCCUCUACGGCACUGCCACCUGGUGGUUUGGAGCAGCCGUGCUGCUCAGACGGAGACAACGACUCGCUCAACUCCACCACCAACUCCAACGAGACAGUCAACUGCAGCUCCGGAUCCUCUUCUCAGGACAGCCUGCGGGAGCCUCUGCCGCCUCUGGGGAAGCAGACGUACCAGAGAGAGAGUCGCCACAGCUGGGACUCCCCACCCUUCAACAGUGACGUGGUGCAGAGACGCCAGUACCGCAUAGGUCUCAACCUCUUCAACAAGUAAGAGACAUAAGAGAGACAUGAUGAUCAUUACUGGGUAUAAACAGCAAGGUUUGAAUGAUUGACUCUGUUGUCUUAACUAUAGGAAGCCAGAGAAAGGUAUCCAGUACCUGAUAGAGAGAGGGUUUGUAUCAGACACUCCUGUCGGGAUUGCUCGCUUCAUCCUGGAGAGGAAGGGCCUCAGCAGGCAGAUGAUUGGAGAGUUUCUGGGAAACCGACAGAAACAAUUCAACAAAGAUGUCUUAGAGUGAGUAUAGAAGUGGAGACCAUCAACAGAACUGCUGUAGAGGGGAAGUUGUACUUGUAACACAAUAUAAGACAAUCCUGAACACAAAUCAUUAUCGUCCCUGAUGGCUAAAGGCAAAAAAAAAAGCUAAAGUGAAGGCAAACCAGGAGUCUUGAAAUGUCAUCUUGUUUUGUUGUUGCCAAAGUAGGAUGAGCAAUGUCUAAAAAUGACUCUACCCUGUACCAGCCGACGCUGCAUAUCAGCAAAAACAAAGAUGGCUGUGGUUCUGAGUUUGCAGUACUGAAGGUUAGACUGUGACCUCUGCUGUGUUGCUUUCAGCUGUGUGGUGGAUGAGAUGGACUUCUCAGGUAUGGACCUGGAUGACGCUCUCAGGAAGUUCCAGGCUCAGAUCAAAGUUCAGGGAGAAGCCCAGAAAGUGGAGAGGCUCAUCGAGGCUUUCAGGUGUGUAGAAGAUGAACUCAGGUAUAAUUACAAUUAAGAAAAUCCUGAGUGAUUGGUAACCAGUGUUUUUUUUUUGUUUGUUUUUUGCAGUCAGAGAUACUGUGUGUGUAAUCCCACUCUGGUUCGGCAGUUUCAAAACCCAGACACCAUCUUCAUUUUGGCUUUUGCCAUAAUCCUCCUCAACACAGACAUGUACAGUCCCAACGUCAAAGCUGAGAGGAAGAUGAAACUCGAGGACUUCAUCAAGAACCUGAGAGGUAGAACGAACACAAACACUUUCAACUUAAAACUCUCCUGAAGGAAGGAGUCGUAUGUUUUCAUGACGACUUUUAUCGUUUUGGCAUUAUUGGCAUUAAACAAAUACAACAUGCAACCCUCUGAGCUGCAUGCCUACGACGAGGCUAAGCUAGAGGAGGCAUCGUUCCCUUUAAAGGUAUUGCAUGUACAUUGAAAAUAAAUCCCGACUUGCUUAUUUCUCAACAGAUUUUCAUGCGAUUUACUUUUGAUUUAAAAAAAAAAGUUUCAUCAAAUGUUCUGUAUUUUUAGCACAUGUUUUGGCAAUGAAAAUAAGUUAAACUGUGUAAAAAUCAUUUGAAAAUUGUUAUGUUUUAUUUUCAAUGAACAUCUAAUGCUUUUAAUAGGAACAUUGCCCUCACCAAGAUGGCUGCCACUUAAGCACCUCACCUAGCGGGCUGCUACAGUGCACUAGCAUAUCUCGUCUUUUAUAUAUAUCUCUGUGUGUUCUGCCGCAAAAAAAGCACUAUCUUUAGGAGCCAGCCUCAUGUGGACAAUCAAGGAACUGCAGUUAUUCAGAACAUGAGUAUUUCCCAUAGACUGUAUAUAAGUUAUUAUUAUAUACAGUCUAUGGUAUUUCCUCAGUCUGUUUCUGACAAACCAGACACACACUGACAAGAAGUAACGGGUCAUAAUUUUAAACAGAGUUCUGACACUGUGGUAAAUAUUAAGGAAAACCAUCUCGGACGGUAAUGAGUCGCCUGUUUUCUCAGGUGACCAGUAUUUUCAGAGUACCACAAACUGAACCUGGAAGCUAUUAGUUCGCUUGUUUAUGAAUCCAAUUGGGAAAUUAUGGAACGAGAGCUCUGAGACAAGGAUGAGAAGCUGUUAUGGUAAUCGGGCUCUAUUAGAGCUAACAAACAAUUAAUACAAAUCUUAAGCGAGCGCCUUUGGUGCAGCGCUCACACUGAGUCAUUUACAUGAGAAAUUUAAAUAAGAUGUGAGUGGAAAUCACCAUGAAUAACCUACAUUAGGGACUUUGAGAUGACUCCUGUGACAAAGGCAGUCUACAGCUCCUUCUGCUAAUGGGCACUUAAAACGGCACUUCAAUCUACGUUAUUGAGAAUUACAGCUCAGUAUAGUACCGCAGAUCUUUACUUCAAAAGUGAUGACUCUACACUAACACAAAAUCAUGUCCACAAAGGUUUGUGUGCCCGUCACUGAUCAGAACAAAUAAAUCAGGAUUUUUAUAUUUGCCCUACCAUUAAAGCUCCUGUAUGGAGUUUUUUAAUGCUAAAGAAACACUCUUAAACUCAUAUUAUUGACUUUUUAUGAAAUACAAAAGCAAACAAAUUUUCAUAUUGUGUUUUUUCACGACUGAAACAAAUAUAGGAGGAUAGGUGUCAGCCAAGCAGCAGAACAGACAGACCUGUUUUUACAUUAAAUUUUCACAUUAAAUGACAAAUGUGGUGCUUAAAAGUCAAAAUAAUGGGAUUUUAUGUCAGAGGACAUGACUUAAGCUUAUUUAAGAGAGGUUAAAAAAAAGAGGCACCAAAACUAAAAUUUUGUCUCAAGAGAAAAUAUCUGAUCCUGCUGAUAUAUGACGUCCAAAUAUGACAUUAAAUAUAAAACAUUUUAGAAGGAAAUCGUAAAAGAAAAAAUGGUGCUAUAUCUUUAGCUGCUCAGCUAACGCCUACCUCCUUGCAUCGCCUACAGGCAUUAAAAUAUUUGGUAUGAAAUGAUCAGCCAUGUUGCUAAUGUUUUUUAUGCUUUUGGAUAUGAUAAAAAGGCAAUAAUACAGAUUUAAGUUUAUUUUUAAAACUCGCAGAAGCUUUAUAUAAUACCGUUUUCUUCUUUUUGGCUAUUUUAUUGCCACAGUCCUCAAAAUUCCCCGUUUACCACCAUUCAUUUCAGAUGAACCGCUUUCACCUAAAAGGGUCAUUUCUGAGGACUGGACGUGAAGUUUGACAGCUCUCAUGGAUAUGAUGAAAGAUUAUGAGACACCUGAACAUCACACCUGUUCAGACUCAUUACACAUACUUUAUUUGAACGUUGUAAGCCAAUACAGAGUCUGGAUCCUUUGGUGUCAUUAAGUCUAAAUGUAUUUGUCUAAACGCUGUUGUCAGACGUUGAUGUUUGACUUCCUCCCAGAGGUGUUUAUUAAGGUUCAAGUCGGGUUUUUAUGUGAGCCAGACGAGUUCAUUCACAACCAGUCACCUCACGCUGUCUAUCUGUGAUGUGUAAACUAUGGUACAUGUUUGUUUACUUUGCGUCUCUCUUCCUGCUGCGUACCGCUGACACUCUGAAAGCCUGCCAGCUUCCGUCAAUCAAACACAGACUCGCCCUUUCAGACAGCUGAGCUCCAAUGUUUACAUAUACAUUUCCUGUAUCUGCUCCGAUAAUCUCCUAUGUUUAAAAGCCGACAAACAACACAACACUCACUUCAGUCGGAUUUGAACAUCUUCCAAGGACGUUUUUUUUUUGCUCUCUUUGUAAGUCGUUUAUCCUUCUUGACUUUGUGUUUUUUAUAAAUAACCGUUCCUGUCUCUGUUUCCAACAAGGCGUAGACAAUGGUCAGGACAUCCCCAGAGACCUGCUUGUUGGGAUCUACCAGCGAAUCCAGAAAUGGGAGCUACGGACCAACGAUGACCAUGUGUCCCAAGUGCAGGCGGUGGAAAGAGUCAUUGUGGGUAAAAAGCCUGUGAGUGUUAACGCUGAUUAAAGCAGCACAAAGAGAGUUUAAGAUGUUGACACUACUUAAGAAAAGCUCAUUUCUUUGUGUAUUCGUUCGUACAGGUGCUGUCCCUUCCUCAUCGGAGGCUGGUGUGUUGCUGCCAGCUCUACGAGGUUCCUGACCCCAACAGACCUCAGAGGACAGGGGUGCACCAGCGAGAGGUCUUCCUCUUUAAUGACCUCCUGGUGGUAAGACUCGCUUUGGUUGUUUUUUUUACAUUUCUGAAUUAGCCCUCCAGAAUAUUAAUGCCCCCUUUUGCUGUCCAUCAGGUAACCAAAAUUUUCCAGAAGAAGAAAACCUCAGUGACUUACAGUUUCAGACAAUCUUUCCCUUUGGUUGAGAUGCAAGUGCACAUGUUCCAGAACUCCUGUAAGACGCCAUUUUUCAUAUAUAACAUAAUUUAACACACCUGUAUGGUUAUCAAGUACUUGAAUUUUCUCUUUUUGCAUCCCUCAGACUACCCUCAUGGUAUCAGGCUGACCUCAGCAGUCCUGGGAGGAGAGAGAAAGGUUCUCAUCGUCUUCAUGGCACCCAGUCAGCAAGACCGCACCCGCUUUGUUAGCGACCUCAGGGAGAGUAUUGCUGAAGUACAGGAGAUGGAGAAAUACAGAGUUGAAUGUAAGUGCUCCAUCUACUGGUCAUCACUGUAAGUUAUUAGUUUAGUAGACCUGAUGAAUGGCAUCUUUUUAUCCAGAAAUAGAGAAAAUGAGCCUCAUCUUCCUGGUAUCAGAUUCCUCUCAUUUUGAAUCCCCCUGUGACUUUUUAUUUACUUCCAGCGGAGUUGGAGAAGCAGAAAGGUGUGAUGCGGCCCAGUUUGCUCACCGGAAGUGUGGUUGGAGGUGUAGGUGUGAAGAGCGACGUGGUGAACGGCACCAUGGGGAGGACAAGUUUUGAUGACACCUGCGAGGGUCUCAAACGCACAGCACUUAGCUCAUCUCUCAGGGACCUGUCAGACACAGGUGAGAAAACAGCAUCUCUGUGAUCCUAUUUUCUUUCCUGUCAUCUGGGUUGAAUCGAAUCACAAAUCCUCUCAAGUGAUUAAACUGCAUCCUUUUCCUCUCCCUCACUGCUUUAUGAAGUUGUGCAAACGUUUCAGUCUUUCUCUCUUGACUAACCUGAUUCUUCCUGGUGGGGUGCAGGGAAACGUGGUCGCAGGAACAGUGUUGGUUCUCUGGACAGUACCAUGGAAGUAAGUCUUACAGACCGCCGUAGAUGUGGUCUUGUUGAUAGACGUGAUUUUCCCUCACUGGCGCUUCAUCUUUUGAAGCAUGCUCAGUGUGCACAAUGUGUGUUUACAUAGAUAGUGUGCACCUGUAUAUGCAUGUGUGUCUGUCCUGCACUGACACCUGUUGCUUAGUUGUGUGUGUGUGUGUGUGUGUGUGUGUGUGUGUGCGUGUUUGUGUGUUUUUACUUACUGUAGCUUGUUUUUUUUGUUGAUGUUUAUAUUUUCAGAUUUUUAUCUUUUCUCUCUGUGUGCGUAACAACAACAAGAAAAAAUGUCCGUCUUCAGCCCUAAUGCUCUUCCUAACAGGCCGCCUUUCAAGGGAUAUUCCAGUGUAAAAUUAAUUUAGGGUCAAACACACCGUAACACCGAGUUAGACACACCGUCGUGAGAGGAAUGUUGCUGACUGCUUGCUUCUCUAGUUAUACCAACUUUAGUAAUGACCGCACGAUAGCAAUAGAGAGAGCCACAUGCUCAACCAAAACACCACUCUAUAGCCACAAAUAAUGCUCAGAACAGCACCUAACUUCAUCAACAGGACAUAUAGGGUCCCAGCCACAGUACUACACACCAAACAUCUUCAUAACUUUGCCUAAUUUCUUCAGCAAAGAGACUAAACACAACUCACCAUCUCUCUUCCAGCAGCGGCUUGUUUGUUGGAAGACCUCAGACGAGUCCAUUAUGGACUACAGCGGGGUGACGCAGCUCAAGGAAGAACAUUGAAAUGAUCAUGUUGAAAUGAUCAUAAAUGUUCUUCCUUGAGCUGCGUCACCCCACUGCAGUCGAUCGACUCGCCCAGAGGUCUCUGUACAAACAAGCGGCUGCCGGAAGAGAGUAGGUGAGUUGUGUUUAGUCUCUUUGCUACAGAAAUCAGGCAAAGUUAUAAAGAUGUUUGUUGACUAGUGCUGUGGCUGGGACCCUUUAUGUACUGUUGAUGAAGUUAGGUGCUGUUCUGAGCAUUAUUUGUGGCUAUAGAGUGGCGUUUUGGUUGAGCGUGUGGCUCUCUGUAUUGCGGUCUUCACAAAAGUUAGUAUAACUAGAGAAGAUAGCAGUUGACAACAUUCAUCUCUCAAAGGGGUGUCUAACUCGCUAUUACGUUGUGUUUGACCUUACUUAAUUUUAUGCCGGAAUAUCCCUUUAAGUGAUUUUCCUGAACCAUGAUGAUGCUCUCUCCUCAGGGUUCCAUCAUUAGCAGCCCACAGCCUCACCAGCGCUACCCAAUGCCAGGUGUGAUGCCUGGCUGUUAUGGCACAGAAGACUUCCGGCCUCACCGCCCCAUCCUGAGCCCCGGAACGGGGGUGGGGGGUGGGCCGGGGCAGCAACAUACCACUGCUGGGACAGGAGUUGGGGGAGUCUCCAGCAGUGUAGAGAGAACAGGAGCGGGGAGCGGACCUGGGGGGAGCAGCAACAACAACAGCAGCUCUUUCCUGGGAUCCCUAUUCGGCAGCAAACGCGCCAAACCGCCAGGCCCACUUAUUCCACCGGGGCCACCCUUCCCCGCACCUGUCCCCCCACCGACUACGGGAGGGCCCCCUCCUCACUCCCCUUCAUCCCUUUGCCAGAUGGACGGGGGACCCUCCAAGAUACAGGCGCUGCACGCACAGUACUGUCACGUGGGAACCGUGCAGCCCCCACCACCUUACUACCAUCACCAUCGCUACCACGUCCAAACUGUCCAGCCUCCACCGCCACAAGGUAUUGCCCCGCAUACUAUACAGCGAGGCCCACUACCCUGUCGGCCGCCGCUUGGCCCCCUGCAUACUCAGCACCCGCAGCUGGCCCAUCUCUCCCAGCUUUCCCAGCAUGGCCUUCCGGGUCGCUACGCCAACAUGGUGGUGGGGUGUCCCCCCCCCCUUUCUCCUCUCUCCCAACAUUCCCAGAACCCACAGUUCGCCAUGUACCACGCGCAGCCCACACACUCUAUCAGAGGGGGUGCCGUCCCUGGUACCAAACUACCAUUAACCCUGUCUCACUCCCACCCGCACCCCCACGCACACUCCCAAACCCACCCCGGACACGUUCACACGCCCCAUCCAGCCAGUCACUCCACCCACCAAACACACUUUAUAUUCGGCACUCUGCCCCACAACCUGCCGUCCGCCACCGUCAAUGCACAUCACGCAGCGUCCGCCGGCCCGUAUCUGCCCCAGUACCCUCCUCUCUCUUCCAUCCCCCCUCCCCCACCACACUCCCCUUUACCCCCCCCUUCGUCCCCCCUUACCCCUCUUACACCUCUCUCCCCUCACCCCCCCCAGCACCCCGUGCAGCCUCAGCAGGGGCCGCAGGUGACGGGGGCUGGAGCGACAGGUACAGGGGGCAGCAGCUCCAAAUCCAAGCCUAUCAACCGGAUAAGCACCGUGGUUUGAGCAGAGUGUCGGGCCACAGGGGUCAAAGGUCAGACUACAGAAUGGAGGAGGCUGGCAGAGCGAGAACCAGAUCCAAGUCUGCCAGGACGGAAAGUAACAGCAGUAGCGCCAGUGACAAGAGGAAACGCAGUUUGCUUCGUCUCUGCUACUUUCACCUCCGUUUCCCACACAUGUAGGUGGAGAUAGAAAGCACAGCUAGAGUCAGAGUAGCUCGUGCACGCAUCUUUAAAACCUGCGCACACAGGUACACACACUCACAUACGAACACACAUUUCUGCACAUAAAAUAAAAAGUCUAUAGCCAUAUAAUUUAAAAUCAAUCUAAAUCUAUAUCUAAAUGUGUUGCCUCAGUUCCAACCGUUCGAAGUCUAGUUUAGUCUUAAUGAGACUAUUUACAUGUUAAGUACAGAGAUGUGAUAAUGUGACACUGGAAACACAGAGACCAUAUUCGUCCAGCUGCUUACAUGGGGGUGUAAAUAAAGACUAAACCACCGAAUGCAUUCCGACGCAGUUUGGCAUUGAGAAAAGCAGAGAGUUGCAAAAAAUGUCCCUCGACUUUGCAAUAAUUUUCUUGGCUUCAUGGUGUCUCUGUCCAUCCCUGCAGGUUCCGCUUUCGCUGACAGGCCUCUUUUUUUCUAAAAAGACCUCAUGUCGCUUUGUCUUAAGCUUCGAAAAACCAGUGCACGGUUCCUGACAGUCUUUUUGCUUAAUGGUCUUUUACAUGUCAACAGGGUCCACCUGGCUUUAUAAUGCAUUCCUUGUGGGGUUUGGGAAAUUAAUGAUACAAUCAAUAAUAUAUUUUGAAUGUUUCUAAAGCUUUUUGCUGUUUUAUCGAUAUUAUAAUACCUGCUAUGAGUAUGAUGAAUAUUGUCCGAUAUUUGUUUUGAUCAGUGAUUAAUUAUAUCAGCAGAUGUUUGUACAUGGUUAUAGAGAGUAUAUGCACAUAUAAAUCCCCUCAGCUUGCCAUAGCCACCAGAGGGUGUUCUGAUAUGUGAAGUGUGAUUUAUUUCCAUCGUACCAUGGUUUCCAUUGAGUUCAUUUUUUAAUUACUAGUAUUAUUGAUCGUUCAAAAUAAUAAAUGAAGUUUUGUUUCGUUCCAAUUGAUUUGAACAUCAACAUUAUUCCUCCUUCUUGUUUUGUUUGACGUGAGCAAAGGGCACAAUCUUUCAAACGGGGCGGUUCACAAAACUUGAAUUUACAGAACCGAUCGGAGUUUCUGUUGAUUUAGGACUUUUUGAAGCUCACUCUUGGAAAAGGGCUUACUUAACGGUGGUGGAAAUUGUGGGAAAAAAUGCCCUGGAAGGCUCCAUUCCUUCGUGGUUAUACAGCACCUUUGCUCACCUUCUUGCAGCGAUGAGAUUUUGUCAUUAUGUUUCUUUUCUUUGUUUUGAAGAAGCACGCUUUUACAUGAGGUUUUGUGGUUUUGCACAUGUGAUGUCUAAAGUCAAAAUGGCCUUCUUCUUAUCCUCCCUUCUCAGCCACUUUGAGAGAUAUCUUCUUAUGUCGGCGCUGCUGAGCUCUUCUUGUUUAGAAACAUAACAAGAGUGGAGAAUGUAAAAAAAAACAACACCGGACAGGAACAUUCUGUAUCCCCCCUUUUUUUCUGUGAUGCCCCUUUUGCUAUAGCAUUUUUUUGUGGUUGUAGAUGAGUACUGAUGCCUUCAGUGCCACUCAUUUCAAAGGGAAAACUGCAUAUUUCAUGAACUGGGGAGGGGGGGAGUGAGAAUGGCUGAGGACAAAGUACAAGUCGAUAAAACAAGCGAUUUGAAUUCACAAGAGAGGAUGUCAAGGAAGUUUGGAGAAAGACACGAAUGCCAUGUGAAGAUUUUCUAAAGUAUGUGUUGGCUAGCCUUUCUUUUUAAGUGUGUCUUUUUUGACUCUUCUUGCAUGAAUAUAUCUGCACUUAUUAAGUAGAUUGUACUGUAUAAACCUGAAUGUACAGAAUAAACUAUACAAAGGCUUCUAAUCAUAACUAUGGGAUAAACUCUUCCCAUUCUGUAUUCAGGUGCGUGCAUGAGUGGCACUUAGUGUGUAUAUAAAAGAGAGAGGGGCAGGGAUUGGAGAUACUGGCCAAAAGGAAUACCGACUUCUUUUUUCUUUUCUUAUUAUUUCCAGACUGAAGGUGAGAGAAUGAGUUACUGUGCUAUAAAUCGAAGCCUAAAAAAGUUUAUAUGUCAGUGCACUUAUUGAUAUCAUUUACAGCAAAUGAUUUCAAUCUUUUCUUUGUGUAUGUAUUAUGUGUACUGAAAGAAUAGAGAUUUGAGAUGUGAAUAUUUAUUGCUUCUGAUAAAUUAAAGUGUCCUUGCAGUGCCUGUGUCUGUGUGUCG